AUGGCACCGGCAACCCUUGUAAGCAAGAAGAGAAAGUUUGUUGCUGAUGGUGUCUUUCGUGCCGAAUUGAGUGACUUCUUCACUCGUGAAUUGGCAGAGGAGGGUUACUCAGGGUGCGAAGUUCGUGUCACCCAUGCACGCACCGAGAUCAUAAUCCGCGCGACCCACACCCAAGAAGUUUUGGGCGAGAAGGGGCGACGCAUCCGCGAACUUACGGCGCUCGUCCAAAAGCGUUUCAAAUUCCCUGAGAACUCGGUCGAGCUUUACGCCGAAAAGGUUCAAUCCCGUGGUCUUUCCGCCGUCGCUCAAUGCGAGUCUCUCCGCUACAAGCUUCUCGGUGGUUUGGCUGUUCGUCGUGCCUGUUAUGGUGUCCUUCGUUUCGUCAUGGAGAGUGGUGCUAAGGGUUGCGAGGUCAUCGUCUCUGGGAAGUUACGUGCUGCUCGCGCUAAGAGCAUGAAGUUCACGGAUGGUUUCAUGAUUCACUCCGGUCACCCCUCUCGUGAAUUUGUCGACUAUGCUGUUCGGCACGUUCUCCUAAAGCAAGGUGUGUUGGGUAUCAAGGUGAAAAUGCACGAUCCCGAGGGUCGCCUUGGUCCAAAGAAACCUCUCCCCGACCACGUCACCAUUAUCGAGCCCCCAGUUGAUAAGCUCAUUUCCGAGCCAACAUCAGAGCAGCGGGGUGCUCCCCUACCGACUGCCAUCCCGGAAACAGCACCGGAAGCCACCUACCAGGAGGCAUUCGGUGAGCAGCAGCAGCAGCAACCAGCCUUCUGA